AUUGUUGAGGCGUUUGACAGGCCCAGCGCUAGCCGCUGACGUGUUUCCAGCAAUACAAAAACACGAAUCAGUUUAUCCACACACAACAUAAUUUAGCAUAUUUAACUGGCAAUGUGCGAAUUCGUGAUUUUGCCCACAGAAUAACAUAAUAAUCAUUUGGGCUCCGAAUGAAAGUUGGCAACUGCUGAGCAACGACAACAACAACAGCAACAACAGCUAAACCAACGGACACAGCGGUUAGCACUGAGGUGAAGCGGCCACGGCAACAACAAACCAAGUGGAAAGCCAGCCGCAUUAAACUGUAGCCGUGGCCACAGUCGACUGCAAGCACGCAUUAAUCACACACACACACACACAUACACGCACACGCAUACACAUACUCAUUUGUGGCUUACGUUGAGGUUGGCCAGGUCAAAGAGGAGAGGACACAGGCAUAGACAUGGCGCUGCUGACGAUGAUUGCCCGUGUCAUUGAUGGUCUGCCACUGGUGGGCACCAUGCAGGACGAUGAGCAGAGCGGUCGCAGCAUCUUGGACUACCAAAAUCAGGCGAAAAUGCUAUUUCGCAAGCUGGGCACACACUCGCCGGCGCGCAGCAGCAUCGAAACAGGACCAUAUUUAUUCCACUAUCUUAUCGAGAACGAUGUCUGCUACUUGGUGAUGGUUGAUAAAAUGUAUUCAAAGCGCUUGGCAUUCAACUAUCUGGAGGAUCUGGCGCAGGAGUUUCACACAAACUAUGGCAGACGUGUCAACUCGGUGACACGCCCCUACGCCUUCAUUGAGUUCGAUGUGUACAUACAGAAGGCGAAAAAGCAAUUGACUGAUCGCAGGCGCAACAUCAGCAACAUCAACACACAGCUGCAGGAUGUGCAGCGCAUCAUGGUCCAGAACAUUGAUGAUGUCCUGCAACGUGGCACUGUCUUGGCGGAGCUCGAUACAAAAACGCAAAACCUGUCGAUGAUGUCGCAGAAGUAUAAAAAGGAUGCCAAAUUGCUGAAUCGCAAAUCGAUGUACGUGAAAGCGGCCGCCGUGGGCACUAUAUUUCUAGUGUUUAUACUAUAUUUUUGGGUUUUGUAAUAUAUGUAUGUACGUACGUUAGACGCA